AUGAACGAGAUCAUUGAUGUCGAUGACCUCAGCGAUGCUGACUCAGAUAUCUUUGAACAGCAACAGCUUGAAGAAGCCAUUGCUCUAUCUCUUUCGGAGAGCCGCGAGGUAAUUGACGUCGGCGACGCUGAGAGUAGUACACGCCAAAGCUCUAAUACAACCACAAGCAACCCCACUUCUUUUCCCUCCGACUUUCUCAAAGAAAGAGCACGCCUAGAGGAGGCACGGCUGCAGAGGAGAAAGAGACGUUUUGAGUCGGUGGCAGUGGACGCUCCCCAAAAAGCGUCAGGAUCUUCGGACCAUUCUCAACAAUCUGUGGGGCAGCUUGCCAAGCGUCGCAAGAUAGAACUACCGCUUGGAGAUGUGCCUACUCCCUUGCAGACUUCUAUCUCCAAACAUGAAAACAUCGAGCCCUUCUGGGAUGGGACAUUAAGACAAACUCCAAGCAGAUUCUCAAAUUACAAGCCAAAGUUCUCCCUCAAAGAUAUCAUAGGAGAGAGUAGCGCAGUUGAAUGGUCCAUUAUGACGGCCAUGGAUAUAGAUUUUGAUUGGGUCGCAACAUGCUUUCCAAUAUCAGUUCCGAAUAUCCUAGUCUCAUCCCCAGCACGAUCUAAUGGAUAUACGGAGGCUACAGUGAAGCGGCUGGAUACCACAUCAUGGUUUCACUGUACGCCAUGGAUGCCUCCAGGCCAUGGCGUGAUGCACACUAAAUUAUGUUUGUAUUUCCGUAAGGAUGGGUGUUUACGUGUGGCCGUCAACACAGCUAAUUUGCUCGACUAUGACUGGUGGGGAAUUGAAAAUAUGAGCUGGGUACAGGAUUUCCCUCUAUUGGCUUCCAGCACACAAAGUCCCGAAGCUGAAGCUUCUCAUGGGAAAGCUUUCAGGACUACGUUAAUCGCUCAUCUUAAGAGGAUGAAUGUUGAAGCGGGUAUGAAAGCAGCCGUGUCUUCUGGGGUCAUUCGCCUCCCAAAAUGUUCCAUCGAGGCUGUUCUAAAUCGUUAUGACUUCUCGAAAGUUAAGAUAAGGCUUGUCGCCAGCCUACCAGGGACCUUCACUGGACAAGAGAUGCAGACCGUCGGUCAUACGGGUCUCAUGAGAGCACUUCGAACCAUCGGAGCCAGGACUCCACCGGGAAAGGACCUAUCUCUCGAAUAUCAGGGGUCGUCAAUCGGGAGAUACACUGCGGACUGGAUACAAGGGUUUCGGAUAUCGGCGACAGGAGGUAACGGCUACAAUUCGUGGCUUUCAAUGAGUGCCAAGGCCAUCAAGGAGCAACCCUAUCCGAGCAAAAGUUUAAUGAAAAUAUUGUAUCCUACCUUGGAGACGGUAGACGCCGCUGGCCGCCAUCGUGGUGGCUCGAUGUUUCUCAGUCCCUCGACGUGGGAGGCGAAGAAUUUCCCGAGACAAUUAUUCCACGACCCCAAAGCGACAUCAGGUUCGAUACUGAUGCAUACGAAGAUGAUGCUGGGGCUAUUUGUGUCCAAGAAGAAUGGAGUAGGGCCUGAUACCCAAGCAGUCUCUGGUAUUGACGGCGACGUUGGUGGAUGGUGUUACGUCGGAUCACAUAAUUUUUCGCCUUCUGCCUGGGGGACUUUGAGCCGAGAAAAGAGGAAGAAGAGGGCGACGGGAAGGAGCUCAAAGGCUCGCAGAGAUAUGAGUGACGACGAGUCUCAAGACGAGGAUACACCCUCCAUCAACAUUCGUAACUUCGAACUCGGCAUCCUGUUUCCCUUUUUCCAAAACGAGCUGCCUUCCAAAGCUGAUGAAGUCGCUUGUUGGAAGAGGCCAGUACCGCCUUACAAUAGAAGCAAGCCUUGGGUAUGCCUUCGGUUACUCGACAGUAUGAUUCAGGCAUUGACCGUGUCAUAUCCAGAUGCAAGCGAUUCACUUGCUUCCUUUGCUUAA